AUGAGAGAAACCAAGAGGAUUGGAAUCCAACAACAUGUCCAUCGAUUGUUUACAUUCUUCGCCAAUAUCCCAAUAGUCAUAAUGGUGGUCAUCAUCAUGCAGCAUCCUCAAUCAAGUUUUGUGUGUCUGCAGUGGAAGAAGCAACUUGGUACAAGUUUGCCUUGCAUUCACCGCAGCCGGUCGCAGAAGAUUCGUUGUGCCAAUUCGCAGUGUCAUCGGCAGUCCAUCUAUCAGUUUCCUCCAUUAAAUCAGAGCAUUGCAGCGAUAAUAUUCGGGGACGGCUCGGAAUCAAGACUGUAUCCAUUGACGAAGAGGAGAUCAGAAGGGGCCAUUCCGAUAGCGGCCAAUUACAGGCUCAUCGAUGCAGUAGUGAGCAACUGCAUCAACAGCGGCAUAAACAAAAUAUACGCUCUCACCCAAUUCAAUUCCACCUCCCUGAACUCGCACCUCUCGAGGGCUUAUUCUGGGGCCGGGCUCGGGAAGGAUGGCUUUGUUGAAGUGAUCGCUGCUUAUCAAAGCCUCGAAGAUCCAGACUGGUUCCAGGGAAGUGCUGAUGCUGUGAGGAGAUGUCUGGGGGUGCUGGAAGAGUAUCCAGUCACCGAAUUUCUGGUCCUUCCAGGCCACCAUCUUUACCGGAUGGACUACAGGGAACUGGUGGAGUUGCAUUGGAGAAGCGAGGCCGAUAUAACGGCCGCGGUCCUGGACGCUGUUUGGGACCAAGAUCCGGGUUUCGGCUCUCUGAAGAUGAAUGAUGAGAAUAGAGUGGUAGAGCUCAAAGACAAGACAACUGGCAAUCCCGAAUGUCAGAACACGUUUGAUUGCCUUUGGUUCUCAAGCAUGGGAAUUUAUCUCAUCAACAGAAAUGUCAUGAUAAAGCUUCUCAAAGAGAGUUUCCCUGGUGCGAACGACUUUUCCAGUGAAGUAAUACGAGGCGCGAUAUCCUCUGGAAUGAAGGUUCAGGCAUAUCCAUUCGAUGGGUAUUGGGAGGACAUGAGAAGCAUCGGAGCAUUUUACAGAGCGAAUAUGGAGAGCACAAAGAAAUGCAACAGGGGAUACAAUUUCUUCGAAAGGGACUCUCUUAUGUACACUUUGCCUCGGUGCCUGCCUUCGAGCUCCGUGACAGAUUCAAUAAUCACAGAUAGUGUUAUCGGAGACGGUUGCAUACUCAAUAGAUGCAAAAUUACAGGAGCUGUAGUUGGUAUGAGGACAAGGAUCGAAGACGGGGCCAUAAUCGAGGACUCGGUUAUCAUGGGGUCUGAUAUUUAUCAGACUGAUGUUCAACGGAAUUCUGUGGAUGGGAAAUGCAUGAGCGUACCAAUCGGCAUCGGGGAAAAUACGCACAUCAGGAAAGCUAUUGUUGAUAAGAAUGCGAGGAUCGGCAAAGAUGUAAUGAUUAUUAAUCCAGACAACAUCGGAGAAGGCGACAGAGAAGACCGUGGAUAUGUGAUUCGCAAUGGCAUAGUGGUUGUCCUUCGCUGCGCGGUUAUUCCUGAUGGCAGUAUUUUGUGA